AUGGUGGAGGUCCAUCAUCCUCGUCAGGAUCCGGCAAGUACAUUUACUCUCCAUCUAUCUCUCUUUGUUCUGGUAUAUCUACUCUCUGUCUCCGCUCUCUCUCUCUCUUUCUCUCUCUCUCUCCUUGUUCUCUUAUAUCUACUCUCUGCCCCCCUCUCCCUCUUUGUUCUGGUACAUCUACUCUGUGUCCAUCCUGAUCCCUCUCUUUCUUUUUGUUCUAGUGCAUUUAUUCUCUGUUCCCUUCUCGCUUUGUUCUGGUACAUCUACUGUCUGUUUCUCCUGCACACCCUCUCUUUAUUCUCGUAUAUCUUCUCUCUUGCCCACUGUCUCCUUAUCUGUCCCUUUCUCCUUCUGUCCCUCUCUCUUUCUCUUUGUUCUGGUAUAUCUACUCUCUGUCUACCCCAUCUCUUUUUCUAUCCCCCCUUUCUGGUAUAUCGAAUUUCUGUCACCCCUUCCCUCUCUCUCUCUCUUUUUAUACUGGUACAUCUACUCUCUAUCCUUUUCUAUAAACUACUAACUAUAUUCUUAAUAGACCGAUAUGGGGUCGGGGCAAUAUCUAUCUAUCUAUCUAUCUAUCUAUCUAUCUAUCUAUCUAUCUAUCUAUCUAGCUAG